AUGGUACACGCGUGGAUCGCCGCGUUCGUGCUUCUCUUCGGGGUACAACCGAUAUCCACCCACAGAAUUAUCUUCAGCAAAACAACACCACCGCCGAAUCGACAUUCGGCAGAAGCACUAGAACCGUACACGGUGGAAUAUUAUAACCGGAUCGGCCUCGACGAAACUACGCCGGGUUAUUUCUCUCCCUUGAAAGAGUGCUGGCGCGAAGUGGACAGGAAUGCAGUUUUGAAUUUCACACGUUUAGGUUUGAAGAAGAUCGAUCCGAUGUUCGUCGAUAGUUCGAUCACAAAGGAAUUGUAUCUGAACGAGAACGAGAUCACCGAGAUCUCCGACAUGGCGUUUCAAGGUUUGCCAAAGCUGAAAGUGUUAAGUCUGUCCGGUAACUAUAUCGCCUCCGACAAGUUGUUACAGUUCAAGAGGCACGACACGUUGGAGAGGCUGUUGUUGGACAAUAACAAUUACACGGUGGACGAGGUAACGGUGGACGAGAUGUUGGAAAAGAUGCCGAGGUUACGCGAAUUGUCGUUGAAAAGAGACGGGAUCGCGUCGUUCUCCGUGAACCUCGAGAAAUUCGCGCCUUUUUUGUCCAAGCUCUAUCUUUCCGGGAACCGUAUAGAAACGUUGGCUUUCCUCGACAACAUACCCGAAACUUUGACCCACCUUCACCUCGACGAUAACAAAAUCAAGGGUGUAAAUGGGGAGAAGUUGAGGAACGUGCAGGAGUUGCUUGUAAACGGGAAUCAGAUCAAGAAAGUGUCCACCAAGCAUGGUAACAACUGCGACGAGGAAUGUAUAACGUUGAGCGGGAUGAACAAGUUAACGAAACUGAACGUGUCCUGGAACAUGAUCAAGGAUGUCGCAGAGAACGCGUUCGCGGAUACGAAGGAGUUAGUUGAGCUGGAUUUGUCGGGAAAUCCAAACAUCAGUCUGCCGCGUGACGUGUUCGAAGUACUAACCAAGCUGGAGAUACUGCGGAUCAGCGGGAAUCAGCUGACUUUUAUACCGAGUAUGUGUUCGUUGAAUCGGCUGAAACAUCUGGACUUGAGUAACAACAGUAUCAAGAUUGUGGAACCUGACAACUUUUGCAAUUACCAGACUCUGCAGGAGUUACGUUUGCAGGAAAACAUGAUUUUCAACGUAGACAGCAACAGCAGUUUCUUGAGAAGAUUACAGGGGUUACGAUGGCUAGACCUGUCCAAGAAUGACAUCGACUACCUCCCCAUCAAUUUGAUUCACAAGCAUCCAUAUCUACAAGUGUUGCUGUUGAAGAAUAACAACAUCGAUAACAUCAACGAGCUGUUCAACGUGAGAUCGAGCUAUCUCAAGGAGCUGUACCUCGAAGGGAAUCCCUUGCUGACCUUCACUAUCAGGGCUAACAACCUGAACGUACACGUCGCAGAGAAUAGAUCGUGCACAAUUAACACAGAAACCAUGACCACGAUCGAAAGUAGCGAGGAGAAUGAUGGGAGACGUUAG